GGCGCUUACACGGUAGUCCAACCGCAGGCUCGCCUUUGAUUUUUAUCGAGUAUUCCAGAUAUCUUUCUGUGUGUCCUAGUUCCCACUGACUUCCUGGCCUCACCCUAAGUCCUACCUGCCCACGGUCUGCUGUGUACAUACCCCUCGGUCUCUCAGCAGCCAUGGGGCGUGACGAGUCGAAAUACCGUCUGCUUGAGAACCGUGACGACGACGAGACAUCGCAUGACUCGUCGCAGCCCCCUGAAGGACAAUGGCCAACGUAUUUCCAGAGCACUCGUUCUCGAUGGCUCUGGGGCGGGCUGGCCGUGUUGCUGACAAUCGUCUGCGGCGGGGCCGGCUUCCUCUGGGGCCUUGACACGGGGAAGAGCAUAGCCAUGAAGUCCGUCCGGACGCCGUACAUGCAGCUCGAGUACAACCAGCCGCACACCAUCUGGUGGAACACGGAGUUCAGCAACGCGUCCAAGAAGGCGACGGACGCCGAGAUCGACAGGCUCUGGGACACGCAGAUCCCCUGGGAGCAGGGCAUCAUCGCGCUGCGCAAGGACGAGGCGGCGGCGAUGGGCCUGCCGGAGUCGGCGCCGUGGCCGUGGGACAGCAAGAACAAGGGCAUUUACAUCGUCAACGCGCACCACCUGCUGCACUGCGUGCGCAUCCUGUACAUCUCGAUCCAGCAGUACCGGCGCGGCAAGGAGCAGACCAUCUCGUACGCGCACGUGCUGCACUGCCUCGACAGCCUGCGCGUCGAGGUCAUGUGCCACGCCGACGACACGCUGCGCUACGUGCCGCCCAACGGCGACCCGCCC